UGUUGCCCUCACAGACGCCUCUGCCGGCCCCAGCCCGUCCGGCGCGGCCUUACCCGCGGCACCGAGGGAAAAUGGAGGCGUCCGCGGCGGCGGCGGCGAGCGGCGGGGGGCGGAGCAGGCGAGCGGCGACCUGCGGGCGGGCACAGGGAGCCGAGCGGCUUCCGCUUCCGCGGGCGGGGAUGGGGCCGGGGCCGCUGCUUGUGCCAUUGUCGGCGCUGAUCACGGCGGUGCUCGCCGGCCCCGGGCCCGUCACCUGCGGCUCCGUGGUGAAGCUGCUCAACGUGCGGCACAACGUCCGUCUGCACUCGCACGACGUGCGCUACGGCUCCGGCAGCGGGCAGCAGUCGGUGACCGGGGUGUCGGCGGCGGAUGACGGGAACAGCUACUGGCGGGUGCGGGGCCGCACGGCGACCGUGUGCGAGCGGGGCACGCCGGUGCGCUGCGGGCAGGCCAUCCGCCUCACGCACCUGGGCACCGGCCGCAACCUCCACAGCCACCGCUUCGCCUCCCCGCUCUCCGGAAACCAGGAGGUGAGCGCUUUCGGGGAGGCCGGUGAGGGUGACUACCUGGAUGACUGGACGGUGGUGUGCAGCGGGACGUACUGGGUGCGGGACAGCGAGGUGCGCUUCCAGCACACCUCCACCGACGUCUUCCUCUCGGUGACGGGCGAGCAGUACGGGCGGCCCAUCCACGGGCAGAAGGAGGUGCAUGGCAUGGCGGCCUCUAGCCAGAAUAACUACUGGAAGGUGAUGGAAGGGAUCUUCAUGCAGCCCAGCGAGGUCUUCAAAGCGGAGCAGUACCACGCUGAGUUGUGAUGGACAGACUACCACUGAGCCUCUGGGUGUUGCCCUGAAGUGUUUGGGGCCACUUGACCCAAGGGACAGCCCUUGUUCCCACGUGUGUCUGACAUGUGUCAGGACAUAGAGCCACAAAUCCGACACGAAGCAAACCCCAGUGUCCUGAAUUCAAUGUGGAGCUGAUCCUGGUGUCCCAAAUCUGACACAAAGCAGAUCCCAGACCUGACCCAAAGCAGAGCCCAACAUCCAAAUGUGAAGCAGGUCUCCAUAUCCUAAAUCCAGCCUAAAGCAGAUCCUAACAUCCAGACCUGACCCCAAGCAGAGCCCAAUGGUCGAGAUCCAGCACAAAGCGGGUCCACACAUCCCAAAUCCAGCACAAAGCAGGUCACCUCCAAAAUCCAGCACAAAGCUGAACCCAAUGUCCAGACCUGACCCAAAGCUGAGCCCAGUGUCUGGGCCUGAUCCUGAGCAGGUUCUCAGACUCCUCAACCCUUCCAUUGUAGCUCCCUCCUCCAGCUGAGGAACUCCCAAAGGGCUGCAGUAUUCCGGUACCCCCUUUGUGCUGUACCCCCAUGCUGUUCUCAGUGCGUGUCUGGGACCAUAAAAAACCUGAAUCCUC